AUGUCUGACAGGCGUCCAGGUCAGAUACCGGAUGAGCCCAGUGGGGCAAUUGGUGGACAAAGCCGUACGCCAUCAAAGAGUCCCAUUUAUCGACUACGACUGGGCGUAGAGAACGCACCGCUAGGCUAUGAACCGGAGGGAGCCGUCGGCAACACAUCGGGUGAACUCAAUGUGAGCAGUGGUGAAGAGAUUUUAGCUCAGGGGCCGUAUAUGGGACAGGAGCCGGUGCUCCGGGCAAAAACCAUAAGGGAUUUACAAAAACUUAGGAAAAAGGGUUUUGAAAUAGACUUCGAUGACACUAAACAUCUCGGAAAGGGUGUAUACGGCACUGUAUAUAAGGGCGUGUAUAAUGAUAAGAUUAGUGAGUUGAGUGAUAAGGAGGGCAGACGUAUGGACAAAGCAAAGUCGGGCCAAACAUUUGCGGCCAAAUACGUCCAGUUUCUGCCCAACAUAUCACCCGAUAUGCGGUUAUAUCACGAAAUCGAGAAACGUAUUAUGAAAUGCUUGUCUCAUCCAAAUAUAGUGUCCAUUAAAAUAGCCAUCAAUUUAGGCACACGUAAAGUGAUCCGCACCCCCUGUGGCGGCCAAAUGGUUGACAUUAAUACCUUUGAUCGUAUGUUUCUGGCGAUGGAGUGCGGGAUCUGUACUCUUAGGGACUUUGGCGACGACAAGCGUAUCGACGAUCGGUUGGCCAUAGAGUUUGCCAAACAAGUGGCCGCCGGUAUGAAUUACAUGCACGAGAAGGGUGUAAUUCACGGGGACGCCCAUAAAAACAAUAUAAUGGUGUUCAGCGGCCAAUCGGCCGAUCAAUUUGUGGCCAAAUGGAUAGACUUUGGACGGAGUGUAUCGCGCGUGCACUUCGGCCGCUGGGGUAUCAAAAUCGGUGACAAAGAGUGGGAAAAGAUUAGGCAAAUGGACGUCAAAAAACUGGUCGAAACUCUGAAAUACUUGGCAGAUAUCGGGCCACAGAAUAGUCGGAUCCCAAACACGUUUGAUGUCCAAGAGAUUGAGUCGUUGGCCGACGAGUUGAAUACAUCGACCGCACCGUUGGUCGAUGUGCUCCAGAAUUAUCACUUCGAUCUGAUCCCUCUGCCCGGCGGUCAUCCGGAUGUCAUCGAUUGGGACGCCAGUGAUAGUGAUGAAGAGGACAGCAGUGAUUCUGAUAGCGAUUAG